AUGCUGGAAGUAGAUACCUUGAAUAUGUUAAGUGCAAAGAUGGAUAAUGUGGUUAAGAUGCUUAAUAGGCAUGUUGGUUCUAACUCUAAUCAAGGAGUAGUUGUUGCAUGUUGUACUACUUGCGGCGGAGAUCAUGAUAAUUCUAUGUGUUCUAGUAGCGAACAGGUUCAAUAUCUCAACAAUUACAACCGUCCACCCCAAAAUAAUCCAUACUUUAAUACCUACAAUCCAGGAUGGCGUAAUCACCCGAAUUUUGGAUGGAAGGAUCAAGGGAACCAACAAAGACCAAUUAAUCCACCGAGUUUUCAACCGAAGCAACCACUUCCGGAGUCCAAACCAGCUUGGGAAUUGGCAAUUGAGAAACUAGAAAAUGUAUCAAAUGAUAAAAUUGAAAAGUUAGCCAAUGCCACUACUCAACGGUUUGAGAGAAUUGAGGGAAGGAUGGACCAACUCACCAAUGUGUACAGAAAUGUUAAAAUCCAAUUGGGGCAAAUAGCUAAUGCGGUCAAUAAUCGCAACCAAGGGGACUUACCUAGCAAGAUUGAGGUGAAUCCAAGAAAACAUGUGAAGGCCAUAACCCUCCGUAGUGGUAAGGAAGUGGGGGAGAAACUUGUAGCGAAAAGUGAAAGAGAAUUUGAAAGAAGAGAAAAUAAGCAGUUGAGUAAAUUAGGAGAAAAUGGCAAGAAAAUCAAAGGGAAAGAAAAGAUGGAAGAAAAUGAACCACAAAUUAAAGAUACAACACCAAUUCCUCCACCGGUGCCAUUUUCACAAAGAUUGAAACCUUCAAAAAAUAACAAAGAAUUUGAGAAGUUUGUCAACAUUUUCAAACAAUUACAUAUUAACAUUCCUUUUGUUGAUGCUAUUUUGCAGAUUUCUUCAUACGCAAAGUUUCUCAAGGAGAUAAUGACUAAGAAAAGGAAGUUAGUAGAUAGUGGGACAAUUGCAUUAACGGAAGAAUGUAGUGCCAUUGUUCAAAAUAAAUUGCCACCAAAGUUGAAAGAUUCAGGGAGUUUCACAGUUCCUUGCACUUUUAUAGUCCUAGAAGAGUUAGAAGACUCCCUUUUCUCUUAA